CCACGCUUCUGUUCCUAUUCUAUGACAUAAUGCGUGUCUAAAAUAAUAAAAAUCCGAAACAUAUUCUCUCUAAAGUCCUGAUUACACAUUGUGAAUUCGUUUGUUAUAAAACAUAUGAUAAAUAUGGAUGCUUUUAUAGAAGCGUUUUUCGCUAUAGAUCAAGAUCGUUCAGAAACUAUCACAAUAGACGAAUUACAAGCAUAUAUGGUCAGAAAUGAUAUGGAUCCUGCUUUUGUAGCGAGAUGGCAAGAAUUAUUCGAUCCUCAAAAAACAGGUAUAAUUACACUUUCAAAAUUUUGUGAUGUAUUAGGAUUGGAACUGGAGACUUUACGAUUCAAAUAUGUUGUACAAGAAGAAUUAAAGGUGGAAACAGAUUUACAUUCUUCACUGGAAAAUGUAAAUGAAUUUCGAAAGAAUGGUCAAACAAAUAAUCACGUAAAUAAUAUAAAUAAUGCAAACAAUGAAUUACCAAAUGAAUUAAUCAAACCGAUUGAUUAUCAAGAGAUCUCUGGUGAUAUGCCAGAAGAAUUGAAAGAGACAAUCUUCACCAUAGUUACAGAAGGUGAAGAUAUUUACCACAACAAUGAUAAAGAACUAGUUAAAUGGAUCAAAUUACGUUUGGACAAGCAUUAUAAACGUUUAUGGCAUUGUGUAAUUGUACGAGGUCAAUAUUCAUCAUUCUAUUCUUAUCAACCAGGUUAUUCAUUUUGUUUCCGUCAUGGACCACGUGUAUUUCUAUUGUUUAAAACACCAAAUACUUAAAAGAAAUUAUUAUCUGUAUGUUUGCUUGUGUAUUUCUAAUCGUUUCUACAUAUCAUCAUUGAAAUUAUUUAACUGCCCAUACAUUCUUAGCAACGACAGCAAACUGAACAAGAUAUAGAAUAAAACUUACCGGAUCUACCAAUUACGAUUUAUUUUGAUGCAGUUGUAACCAAAAACGAAAAAAAACUUUUCUCCUAACCGAGCUGUAAUUCUUUAAUCUUUUUGUUUAACAGUGAGUUUUUUUCUAGUUAUUACUUCGAUUGUUUCGCUUUACAUGUUAUACUAUGCUUAGCACAAUUUCCAUGGGAUAUCUUAGAAUUGAUGGAUUGUCGUGUGCAUUUCUAAUAGUUUAACUAACUUCAUCCAGUAAUGAGGCGUGAAUAUAAAAUGGAAUGAAUUAUUUUAUUGUAUACAUUUGUAUUUGAUCAUAGGUCUAAAAAUACAUCUGUAAACAUUAUCCUAAGUAGUCAUAUGACCUUAAAAUCUAACGUUCCUGAACGAGGUUUGUUCAAAUUUUCUUUAACAUUGAUAGACAAGAUAGUGAAUAUUUCUUCAAUUUGAAGAUAUUGUACAUUAAGGCCGUUAAUCUAUGAGCGUG